AUGCUCGAACAAAGCUGGGACCCGACCUCUGGUAAUUUGGAGGAAGAAUUUAAUAGACCGGUCGAAUCCAUAAUGAGGUGUGAGGAUUUUAAGAGUAAUUUUGCGAGGAGGCUUUCUAAUCGGUAUAUCCUUAAGUCACCAGUGUCUGGUUCAAGGCAAGACAUGCUUUUGAAACUGCAACCAAUAAAUAACACACGGGAUAUCCAAAGCCAAGUUCCAGAAAGAAUUGAGACAUGUACUCAACUUUCGAACUGUAACAACAUGGAGCAAAUUGGCGAACCAGUGAAGCCCCCGGAUAAACACUUAAAGAUGAACGCCGAUAUACGAAAUACGGAAGUACACGCGCUGAAUAUGGAAGUCGAAACAUUAAGAUGGCAAUUGGCACAGACUGAAGCAAACAGACAGAUGCACAUAGCAUUACUAAAGCAAAUAGUGACUUUCUUAAACAGAGUGAAGGAUCAUUUUGACGGCCAGAAAAACGAAGAUUUGCCACGAAAGCAUGUUCCCUCACGGGUCCUCGCCAAGUCUCUCAACUUCAACGACUUGCCUCGAUCUCGUUCCGUUUUGCAUGUCAACAAAAAUAUAGAUCUUACAAUAAGUCCCGUGAGGAAAAUAAGUGCAAGAAAGAUCAGUAAAUCAAUUAGCAAUGUCAAUGGAUACAAAAACUGUAAUGGACUAUGGAGCCAGUCGAAAUUAUCUCUUGUUCCCGAACACGAAUCAUCACAGAAAAUAAGUGAAGAAAUGUCGAGACUGAUUACUCUUGCCAAUACAGUACUUAGUACCAAUUUGCCUGAUCUCGCUUGUGCGUGUGUGAACAACAAUAAUGACAUCGAUACAAAACUAACUGAAGACGAAAUAGAAAGGCCAACGUCGCUAAAUGUUACAAUAAAUUUUAUAAAAGAUGAGUCGCGCAGUACAAUAGUCAAUAGUUCAAAAAGUGACAAUGGCGUGACCAAUAAAGUCGUAGAAGUCAGUAGCAUAAAUUCCAACAGUGAUGAUUGCGUGUCAAUUCUGUCCCAUCAAACCGAAUUGGAAGACAAGUUUUCUGCUUUAAAUACAUUGGAAAAGGAACGCGAUAGUUCAAAAAGCGCCAUACAACCAUCGAAUGAAAAUGUAAGUGAAGCUUUUGAUAAAAUAAACGAUUAUAAUGCUCUGUCGAAUUUUAUCGAAGAUGAGAGUGGAUUUUCUUCAAUGAGCUCUUUUCAAGAAAUCGGAAUACCAGUCAUAAGCAUAAUACCACCGUCGCCAUGUAAAGAAGUUGAUUACUUGGAAGAAAUUUCAGAUAUUUUAGAGGAAAGAGAAAAAUGGAAAUCGGACGCCAUUGAACUAGAUAAGCAGAGUGUUAAAGUCUUUUGGGUCUGA